GAAAGUUGUGGUGGAUAGAAAUUUCACACAAGAAACCAGAACGAGUGGCGUAACCUGUCACUCAGAAUAUUGACAACACAAAACGCAGCAAAAAGAAUCAUGUUGAUGUUGGUGUUGUGGUUGAUGUUGUUGCCCACUAUCUGCUGAAUACAAUGGCCACUUCACUACCCUUCUCCUCCCUCUCUCUUGCCUCCAGAUUCAAAGUCUCCGCCAUGACCCCCACCGUCACCACCCCUUCUAAGGUGGUUCCCGCCGUCAUUGUCGGCGGCGGAAGAGUGGGCAGGGCCUUACAAGACAUGGGUACUGGCCAAGACCUCCUUGUUCGCCGAGGAGAGUCCGUUCCUCUUAACUUCGAGGGUCCCAUCUUUGUGUGCACUAGGAACGAUGAUCUUGAUUCUGUGCUUCAAUCUACUCCUCCUUCUAGAUGGACUGAUUUGGUGUUUUUCCAGAAUGGAAUGCUUGAGCCAUGGUUUGAGAGCAAAGGUUUGAGUGAUGCAAAUCAAGUGUUGGCGUAUUUUGCUGUGUCAAAACUUGGAGAACCCCCUGUUGAUGGUAAGACUGAUACCAAUCCUGAAGGACUCACCGCUGCAUAUGGCAAAUGGGCUUCUGUUGUAGCUGCAAGAUUAAAUGCUGGAGGCCUCUCUUGCAAGGUUCUUGACAAGGAGGCGUUUCAAAAACAGAUGUUAGAGAAGCUUAUAUGGAUUUGUUCGGUCAUGCUUGUUGGAGCUCGUCAUGGAGGGGUUUCUGUUGGUGUUGUGGAAAAGGAAUUCCGCUCUGAAUUAAAUAGCCUUAUAACGGAACUUGCAUCAGCGGCAGCAAGUGAAAAGGGGUUAACAUUUGAAGAAGCCAUGGAAGAUCGCUUAUGUGCAUAUUCCCGAGCUGUCGCACACUUUCCCACAGCAGUUAAGGAGUUCAAAUGGAGGAAUGGUUGGUUUUAUUCUCUUUCUGAGAAGGCUACAGGCCAAGGCAAGCCUGACCCAUGUCCUUUGCAUUCCCAAUGGCUAAAAGAGUUGAAAAUUGUAUAAAGCUUGACCUCUCAAUACUCAUGUGUGAUGUGUCCUGUACCAAUUGGUUACCAGCUUUUAAGAGUAAUUUAGUCAAUAAUAAAGUCCGAAUUUUAGUUGUGCACUUUUGCUCCCUCUCUUUGAUUGGUAAAUUAAAAGAGAUUUGUAAACAUGAGGUUUUGUAAUUAAAAAAAGGAUAACAGAAAAGGGACC